GGUUUGUUUUGUGUAGACGUAGGUGGAAAAUGUACUCAAGUUGAUAAUCAUAUAGAAAAUAGAAAAUUUAUGUAAAAAAAUGGGUAAUGCUGACACAAAACUCAACUUCCGGAAAGCGGUAGUGCAACUAACAUCAAAAAACCAACCUAUUGACGCAGCAGAUGAUAAUUUCUGGGAUCAAUUUUGGUCCGAAACUGUAACCAAUGUGCAAGAUGUUUUUGCUUUGGUACCUGGAGCAGAGAUCCGAGCCCUCCGCGAAGAAUCACCUAAUAAUCUUGCCACCCUUGUUUACAAAGCCGUGGAAAAAUUGGUUAAGAUUGUGGAUAACAGUUGUCGAACACAACGAGAACAACAGACUGCUCUGAACUGUGCUAGACUGCUUACUCGUGUACUGCCAUAUAUGCUAGAAGAACCUGAAUGGCAUAGCUUCUUUUGGUCUUCACUCCCAGCUGCUACUGAAAAUGAGUCAGUGCCCCUUGCACAGUCACUUAUUAAUGCUAUGUGUGAUCUCCUCUUUUGUCCUGACUUCACUGUGACUAGUUCGAAGAGGUCUGGCCCAGAACGGGCUGAAGAAUUAUCGUCUCUAGACAGCUGUGAGUAUAUUUGGGCUGGCGGAGUUGGAUUUGCCCGAAGUCCGGCUCAUUGCGCCCAACACGAGGCCAAUAGAACAGAACUAUUGCGGCUAUUACUGACUUGCUUUAGCGAAACAAUAUAUAGGCCCCCUCAACAAGCUGCUACUCAUCAUAAUAAGUGGAUCGCCUACCUAACGAGUCCAGACAACCGUCAUGCCUUGCCUCUAUUCACAUCGUUACUGAACACGGUCUGCUCUUACGACCCUGUGGGUUUGGGUGUGCCAUACAACCAUUUGUUGUUCGCUGACACCCUCGAACCACUUGUUGAGGUAGCUUUGCAAGUUUUAAUCGUAACAUUAGACCAUGAUACAAGCAAUGUCGUCAGCGACGAUUCGGAUGAGAGUCUUCCAGACAACCUCUUCAUCAACUAUCUAUCCCGGAUCCAUCGCGAUGAAGACUUCUCCCUGGUACUCCGUGGUGUGACCCGUCUCCUCAAUAACCCUCUGCAGCAGACCUAUCUCCCGAACUCGAGUAAAAAGGUAGCACUGCAUCAGGAAUUGUUGGUGUUGUUCUGGAAGAUGUGUGAUUAUAAUAAGAAAUUCAUGUACUACGUGUUAAAGAGUAGCGAUGUCUUGGAAGUGUUGGUCCCGAUACUGUACCAUCUGAAUGACUCACGCGCUGAUCAAUCUCGCGUAGGACUCAUGCACAUUGGUGUAUUCAUACUUCUCCUUUUAUCCGGAGAACGGAAUUUUGGGGUCCGUUUGAACAAGCCCUACUCGGCCACUGUGCCAAUGGACAUUCCGGUGUUUACGGGCACUCACGCUGAUCUCCUAGUCGUGGUGUUCCAUAAGGUGGUGACCACGGGACACCAGAGGCUGCAGCCGUUGUUCGACUGUCUUUUGACUAUACUUGUUAAUGUGUCGCCGUACCUCAAAACCCUGUCGAUGGUGGCAUCAACGAAGCUCCUGCAUCUUCUAGAAGCAUUCAGCACGCCAUGGUUUCUCUUCUCUCAACCCCAGAACCACCACCUUGUAUUCUUUCUACUCGAAAUGUUUAAUAACAUGAUACAGUAUCAGUUUGAUGGAAAUUCAAAUCUAGUCUACACGAUAAUCCGCAAGAGGGCGGUAUUUCACAAUUUAGCAAAUUUACCUCACGAACACGCUUCCAUCGCGAGGUCAUUGGCCGCCGCCAACGCCAGAGAUACUGACAAAGCCCUACCAAGAUCCCGCAGUGUGGAGUCAGUUGUGGAGCCUGCGAUGGAAGGCUCUAGACCGGCGCAGCCUGCUGAACCUGGGACCCUAAAUCCCACCCUACCGGAUACACCAGCGAUAGCAACAAUGACAGAGCGUGAAUCUGCGCAUCCACCUGCGCGUGAGCAGUUAUUGCCUCGAAGGUCUGGAGAUGGAGAGGAUCGGACUGACACCGAGUCUGACAGGGAGGAUGUCACGCGGACUGUUACCCAUCGGGAUAGCCUCCGCGUGAACGAUAAGCCAGAGGGCUGGAAGGCCAGCAGCGAGUGGGUAUCGAGUUGGCGAGGAAGGCUGCCCUUGCAGACCAUCAUGAGACUUCUGCAAGUCCUGGUCCCACAGGUGGAGAAGAUCUGCAUUGACAAGGGUCUCACUGAUGAGUCCGAAAUCCUUCGGUUCCUCCAGCAUGGGACGUUAGUGGGUCUCCUACCGGUACCACACCCGAUUCUUAUCCGGAAGUACCAGCCUAAUGCUGGAACGGCUGCAUGGUUCCGCACUUAUAUGUGGGGUGUGAUAUAUAUCAGGAAUGUUGACCCACCAAUCUGGUACGACACGGACGUCAAGCUUUUCGAAAUUCAGCGAGUCUAAUAUUUAUUGAUUUAGGUUAUUGUAUCGACGUAAACAUUUACUACAUUUUUAAAACGACCUCAACAAAAGGCACAUUAUGGAAAUACAUAUACAGGGUGGCUGAAAAUUCGUGGAUCAAACGCAACAUGGGGUCAUUAGCUGCAAAAAAUUGUUCUACAUGAGGUCCUUAAACUCGACCCCUGCAGAGUUCUAAUUUAUUUUGCGUUUUCAUAAGAAAAGUGACUUUUUUGACUAAUUCUAAAAAAAACUAAAAAUUUACAGCCUGUACCUUUUUUAUACUAUUCACUAGAUUGGUACUGAUGAGACCUUGCGUUAGACAUAAUAUUUAUGGUUGUUUAUUGGGUGUAUUGAAGAUAAUAUUAAGUUUUACGAAUUGAAAAUUUCUCAAAUCAUAACUUCUUUUUUACUUCGGACCACACUGUUAAAAAACAUACUUUUCCAAAAAGUUUGGUUCGGAUCCCACGAAUUUAUUUUCUUAGAAUCUUAAUGAGAAUUAGUAAAAAAAGAAAAUUUUCUUUUAAAAACGCAAAAUAAAUAAUAACACUACAGGGGUCAGGUUUAAUGACCUCCUGUAGAACAAUUUUUUUGCAGCUGAUGACCUCAUCUAACCCCUAGUUGCGUUUGAUCCACGAACAGGAUGAAAGAAUUGUUGAAAAAAUAUAUUUUUUUCAUUUCAAAACAAUUGAUUAACGUCAUAUUACCGAGUCGACGGUACGGCAUACAAUAAUGAUUGAUUUCUAUGAAAUUUCUCUAUAAUAAUAUAUCAUGAUACGUCUUAAUAACGUGAUACUUUUUAUAGUUUUGCUUGUGUGGCGUGACUUUUGAAAUAGUCUCUAAACUGAUAGGCCUAGCUAGUCUCUUAAUUAUGUGUUAUAUCUUUUAUGAGUACAUUCCAAGGAAGAAUAUUGCGACAGAAUUGAAAACAGGCGGUUCGUUUUACAUUCACCAGAAUAUGUAUAAUUUAUUACAGACUAUAAAUGUAUCUUUGUUGGAUAUUAGACCAUAUUUUCAAAGUUUCAAGCUCUUCGUGUCUUUUUGAGCAGAAGUGAAAUGUUUUCGCUGUCUUACGAGUAUUUAUGUCAACGUGUGUAAGAGAGACAGCUAUAUUUUUUUAUCUUUUUCUUCCAAGUCAGGUUUCCUUGUUAAUGUUACCUUGUAUGUGUAGGCAUAGAUUAUUUUUUUAGGGCAUGUGUGAUGUCUAUCUUUGUCCUGCAUUAUACAAAAGAAAGAGAGAGAGAGAGUAUUGGUUAAUCCUAGUAGAUAUUGUUUCGUGGACUAUGUUUUGUGAUACUUUUCAUCUGCCUAUAGAUUAUACCAAAAUGCAUUUCAUUUUACGUAAAUAAUUUCGAAUUAUAAUGUUAGAUUUAUCUAUUUAUUUUACUA